AUGGCCGGUCGCAGCUACAUGGCACCGGAGAGCAUUAGACUGAUGCCUCACGGCACGCAGGUUGACUGCUGGGGUGUCGGAGUAGUGACACAUAUCUUGCUCUGCGGCUUCCCUCCGUUCAAUUCCUCAAGGACGGAGAAGCUAUUUCGCCUCAUCAAGAAGGGGCGGGUCAGCUUUGAAGACGCUUGCUGGAGAUCUGUGUCGCAGAACGCGAUGGACUUUGUGUCGGCUCUACUUAGAGUUGACCCAGACACUCGGCUUACGACAGAGCAAGCCCUGCAGCAUCCCUGGCUUACUGCCGCCGUCGAGGAGGCGGAGGAGGGUGAACAGGAGCUUGGGGCUGCAAUGACCAAGUUGCGGACCUUCAACGCGAAACGAAAACUCCGGGUGGCUAUACGCACCCUCAUUGCCUUCCAGCAACUGGAGGGUUCGGCAUCCUCGAUGGAAAUUGGGGUCGCCCGACCCCCUCUUCUUGCGCUAGAAGCUCCAAAGGAGCGAAGGACCAUGUCUCGAGGAGUUGAGAGAAAGUCAACGGGAAUAUUCUGUGAUCGGGAAUGGGGGAAAAACAUGCGACUCAGCCGAGCAUCGACCUUGAGGCCGUCACGACCUACUGGGCUACUGGUUGCUAAGGAACUUAGAGAGGUGAUCUAUGCUGGCCUCCGAGUAGGACUAAAAUGUGGUGGUUGUGAGGCAGAAGAGGCUGUGCAACAACUGGGAAAACUGACCGGCCGGAGGCGAAAGGGAUUACUCGUUGUCAAAGGGCGAAGAAUCUAGAGAUGAAAGCCCGAAAAUUAGUGGAAACAUAAUAGUUGGUGAAGAGUUUAGUAUUAGUGGUGGUAAAUAAAAUACUUCUAAGGAAGGAUGAAAACACUCCGAAACGAACGCGUGUUCAAAAAGUAGUUAGCCUUGGCAGUCACGUGCUUCUCCUCUCUCUGUUGCUACCAGUUCUGUCUUUCAUCCAGAGAUAGCUCAGCCUCCUCCAUGACCCUCUCACGGCCUUGAGAAACAAAUAUUUUCUGUUUUUGACCACAAUGAGACUGACGUCUUUUGGUUGGCCAGUCGUUUUUCUUGCUCCUGAAGGCUUGGUCUUCUCUCGAGCUUUUUAUCAGAGGAACAGUGGAGUCCGUUAUCCUAUUCACCCCUUUUUUAGGUUGCAUCUGUCUUUGUGUGCCCAAGUAAGGAGCACUACAUCCAUGUUUUACCUCCAAAUGUACAUCGGGUGCGUGCAUGAGCGUCUUUCUUUCGCUGUCGAGGGGUGCCUUUGAGGUUGCCUGAAUAGUGCUACGGCCUUCUUGCAAUACAACACAUUAUAAUUUGAAAGCGAGGUGAGCUUUUAUCGGGCAGAACGGUCUACGGUUGAAAGGCAGCAGCAACGUUUCACUGGCAAGUGCUUGCGCUGAGGUGGGAAGAGAACAACUGCUGUGCAACAAAUCUAUCUGGCCAAUCAAGUUGAAUUUAUUGUGAUCAAUGCCGUGUUUUCUCCAGUCCAAGAGCCUCACGAAACUUUAUGAAGCCCGCCCACGUCGCCCACCUCACGAUUGAUCCAAAUACCGUUCGUUUGGUACUCCGCCAGCCCCGCAAAGCGCAAGCGCUGCACUCUGAAGUCGAACAGUCCUGAAUAGUGCCAAGCCGGCACAAUAGAGGGGGAUUCAGGCCCUGAAUAGUGCCGGUUU